CACAAGGAAAAUUCUAAAGUGUAAGGGAGCAUUUGAGAAUGAACAUUUGAGGUCUUCAGUGAGCAUAAUAUUUAGUAAAGUUCAUCUAAAUGCAAUUGUUCUUAGUAGGAAGAAUUACUAUUCUCAUAAAUUAUGCGCAGAUGGUCAAGAGCCUUUUUAUCUCUUGUCUCAUGAGAGUGUCGCCACUCUCGGUCAGGAAGCCCCUUGAUCAGUGAGCGGUUUUCUACUCCGCUAUCAACCGUUCAAGCGUUCGACGGAGAGACGCGGUCGCAAAAGCCCGGGUAGCUCGCAAAAGAGGAGACGAGAGAGCUCAGUUGCUCAAAGGAAGACGGAUUGUGCGGACGUGCAGACGCCAAGACAGAAAAAUCAGCUCAAUUUUCUCCGAUUAGAGCUCAGAUCCAAUUUGUAGUAUCUGAGAGAAGGUGGGAGCAAGAGAGGCUCUAGUGGGCCAGGUUCAUUUCGCAUCACUCUUCCGCCCACGCAUUUUUUUUCUUCGUGAGAGGAGAAAAGAAAUCUUCGGAAGACAUAUGUGAAGCCAGAUUGUGAGGAGAUUCUAGCCACGCCCUACCUUCUGCACGACAUACAAUAUUCAUCGCCAUCAUGGCCCAGUUGAAUGAGAUGUGGACGGACAUUGACGCAGUGAUCAUGGGGAACAAUGAGUCUUCGUCCAUCCUAUCCGGGGACCACCCCAACGGAUUGGUGGACGCCACCAAUCCAGCGUCAAUGGGAUCAUCCUCGACCUCUUGUUCGUCGUCGCUGUCGUCCUCAUCCAUCAUUAAAGAAGAGCAACAAGCUCCCUCCACUCCGAAUAGCUUUUGCUCGAGAUCCUCGCCAGACUAUCACAUGGACUUUUAUGGUGGGAACAGUGAUGGAAAUGCCUCGCCCAUGGCCCCCCAAUCAUCAGCCACUGCCGAGAUCUACAACCAGCAAGUGCAAUUCUACCCGGGUGGCAAACACUUCAACGGGUUCUAUCCCAAUCACAACGGUUAUCAGAGCAUCGUCCAGCCUCCGGAGGUCAAUGUGAAUAUCAACUUUAAUUUAGUGCCGGCCAAUAGCACCAACCCAACAUAUCAUCAUCAGCAUCAGCAUCAGGGCAUGCUCAAUCAGCAUCGAUAUCCCCAGCAAUCCCAAUACUAUCACCCUCAUCAUAAUCUUCAACACCUUCACCACCAACAACAACACCAGCAGCAAUAUUCUAUGAGCAACCCUCAACUUUAUGCUCAUCAACUUCAUCAUCAGCAUCAUCAACAGCAACCACAACACCUUCUAGAACACCAGCCACAACAACCAUCUCAUCAAUACCAACCCCAAUAUCCUAUUCAAUACCAUCAGCAGCAAUCCCAUUGCUCUCCACCUCAUUCCCCCGAGCUUGACUACUACAAUAGUAGUGGACAGCAUCAGUAUUUUCAAUCUACUCACCCCAAGAUCCUCACUCCACCGGCCUCCCCCUAUCAGGCCUCAUCUCAAAUGAUCUCUCCGGUCAAGGGUCAGGAUAAUCCAAACUCAACCACCUCAUCCACCUCAUCCACCAGUCUAACCAAAUCGGGCAAGCCUCGGCGGAAACGGAACUACACGAAACGAAAGCAAGUCAUUCACACCUGUCCGAACGAAGGCUGCCCCAAGACUUACACCAAGUCCAGUCACUUAAAGGCCCACCUGCGUACUCACACGGGAGAGAAGCCAUACAUGUGUCAAUGGAAAGGUUGUGGUUGGAAGUUCGCCCGCUCAGACGAGUUGACCCGGCACAACCGGAAGCACACGGGAGAUCGGCCGUUUCGAUGCCGAUUGUGUGAGAGAGCCUUCUCACGCUCUGACCACCUUUCGCUCCACAUGAAACGGCACAUGGUCCUGUAGUACUAACUGGUUCAAAGUUUGCUUCUCAGGAGAUGCAUCUAUCUAUGUUCAUGUACUACGUACAUGGACUUGUGAUCUAGUCUUUCAUACAAUGAAUCCCCCUUUCAUCAAUGCUCCCUUGUUCUGUGUUGACAUGUGUGGAAAAUAUGCAAUCGAAAAUACAUUUACAUCGCGGUUAAAUCUCA